GGCACCGGCGCCAUUUUGCCGGAGCCUGCGACCGAGUGGGAGUGGAGUGGAGCGGCUGUUGUUGCCGUCUCUUUCCUCCUCCCCACGGUCCAGUCAGCUGGUUGAUUAGGCCAUCGGCCCUCAAGCCGAGACCUGUCUCUUAUUUAGUUCUGGGGAGUGCCUGGCCGACAUGAGUGAUGUAGAGGAGAACAACUUCGAGGGCAGAGAGUCUCGCUCUCAGUCAAAAUCUCCAACUGGAACUCCUGCUCGUGUAAAAUCGGAGAGCAGGUCAGGAUCUCGUAGUCCAUCAAGAGUUUCCAAACACUCUGAAUCCCAUUCUCGAUCAAGAUCAAAAUCCAGGUCGAGGUCAAGGAGGCAUUCUCAUAGACGUUACACUCGAUCCAGAUCCCAUUCUCACUCUCAUAGGAGACGAUCUCGAAGUAGGUCCUAUACACCAGAAUACCGGCGUCGCAGGAGCCGAAGUCAUUCUCCAAUGUCUAACCGGAGAAGACAUACAGGCAGCAGGGCAAAUCCAGAUCCCAACACGUGUCUAGGAGUGUUUGGCCUCAGUUUGUACACAACAGAGAGAGAUCUUCGCGAAGUAUUUUCUCGAUAUGGACCAUUGAGUGGUGUCAAUGUGGUUUAUGACCAGCGAACUGGACGGUCGCGAGGAUUUGCUUUUGUUUAUUUCGAGAGAAUAGAUGACUCAAAGGAGGCUAUGGAAAGGGCAAAUGGAAUGGAGCUGGAUGGUAGAAGAAUUCGUGUAGAUUAUUCUAUCACCAAGAGAGCGCACACACCUACACCAGGCAUAUACAUGGGCAGACCAACUCACAGUGGUGGUGGAGGCGGUGGUGGUGGAGGUGGAGGUGGAGGAGGUGGCAGACGUCGAGAUUCUUACUAUGAUAGAGGAUAUGAUCGUGGGUACGACAGGUACGAAGACUAUGAUUACCGAUACAGAAGAAGAUCGCCUUCUCCUUACUAUAGUCGAUACAGAUCACGAUCAAGAUCUCGUUCCUACAGCCCAAGACGCUAUUGAUAAACAGAGUGGUUGCAGUUGAGGACAUCUUUUUUCUUUCUUUUUUUCCCUUUCUCUUUUUUUGUUUAAUUCUGGAUUUCCCCAAGCUUCUAAUCCUUCCUACUCCUUAAAAAGAACCCUUAAAAACAUCUUUGGUUUAUUUAGCAUCUACACUUUGUCGAUUGUAUUGCUGUUUUCACCCCUUUUAUUAUAUUCUUAAAGAUGUAAUUGUUGUCAUUUUGAGUAGUUAAACAUCUUGAGUAAAAAAGGAACCCCCAGUGUUAUGCUUUUGUAAAUGGUUUUUUGUUUGUUUGUUGCUUUUACAGAAAAUUGACUCCUGCCUAAUCGAAUGAGGAAAGAAAUGAUCUUUUUUUUUUUUUUUUUUUUUUUUUUUUUUGUGGUAGGCGGGCUUCUCACUGCUGUGGCCUCUCCCGUUGCGGAGCACAGACUCCGGAUGCGCAGGCUCAGCGGCCAUGGCGCACGGACCCAGCCGCUCCGCGGCAUGUGGGAUCUUCCCAAACCGGGGCACGAACCCGUGUCCCCUGCAUCGGCAGGCGGACUCUCAACCACUGCGCCACCAGGGAAGCCCAGAAAUGAUCUUUUUAAAGCUUCUUUUGUGUUAGAUAUUGUAUUAGACAUGGUAUUAGAGAGCUGCAUUUACUACAAACUCCUUUUUUAACUUUCUUUUGGGGAAGUUAGUAACAUAAAGUAGUUCAGUCAUGUCAGGUUUGUCUGGGGUGGCAUGGAGCAAUCGAAUAAUUGAGUGUAGAAAGUUUGAAGCUAUAGAAGGAAACACUUGGUCACUUCUUUUGAAGAACAGAAUUUUUGAACCCUUAAAAUUGUCAUUUCUUUAGAGAUGAAAAGCUUGUGGACUCCUACAAAACAUGUUGUAUUUAAAAUACAUUUGUUAAAACUUAAAAACGUAAAGUUUGAUUUUUGUGUUGAAAUUUUUGAAGUUUAAUCAGUGAAGGACAAGCCUUAUUAUUUAUUAUUUAGAGCAGUUGUAUGCUUUGCUGUUAGAAAUUUUGGUAUUGGGGAAAUGGUUUAAGUAGGCUAUUGUAUAGAGUCCUUAAAAAUAGUGAGGGGAAGGGUAGUCUCCUUUCAAAUAAAAAUUAAUUUCUUUGAAAA